CCUAAUUCUGCACCUUCUUGAUGAAGCACACCACCACAGAAACGUCAUUCCCAGCUGCUUGGCCGCAACUUAUUCUCACUGCUUACGGCUUUGGUAGCUUACUCAUCUGUGUUCGCACAGUCUCGAGCAGAGCAUAAAUAGCGGUGAAAGCAGUAUGAAAAUACUCACGGUACUCAGCAAUCCGUGCACUCCUGGCUCCUCAUACGUCUUUGCCCGACCUUUGAGAUGUCUGUUCCCGACGUGAAGAUUUUCCCGCAUGCCACAGGCGAGGCUGCUAAGACCGUCGAAAAGCACCAGGACCCACAGGAUCUUGUCUUCUACUCUGGCUGGUUCUGCCCGUACGUUCAAAGGACAUGGGUCGCCCUUGAGGAAAGGGGCAUUCCCUAUCAGUACGCCGAGGUGAACCCAUAUAAAAAGGAAAAGCACUUCCUUGAGAUCAACCCCAAGGGCCUCGUCCCUGCCAUCGAAUACAAGGGCCAGGCUUUGUACGAGUCCCUGCUCCUCUGCGAGUUCCUUGAGGACGCCUACCCGAACCACAAGCCCAACCUGCUGCCAGCAGAUCCUGUCGAGCGCACAUACGCUCGGAUCUGGAUCGACUUUAUCACUAAGAAUAUCGUACCGAACUUCAUGCGCCUCGUGCAGGCGCAGACUGCUGACAAGCAGGCGGCAGCCCGCGAGGACUUCACCAAAGCGCUUCGGACGUACGCUGAGAAGGUCAAAGGUCCGUACUUCCUUGGGGAAGAAUUCAGUUUGGUGGACGUUGCAAUCGCGCCGUGGAUCGUGCGUGAGUGGAUCAUUCAGGAGAACAGAGGGUACGAUAGGGCAGCCGUCGGUGAGGCAUGGAAGACGUACGCGGACACCGUAGCACAGCGCGACAGCAUUCGCAGGACAGAAAGCGAGAAGCAGCACUUCACUGACAUUUAUGGUCGGUAUCUGCGGGAUGAAGCUCAGAGCGAAGCCGCAAAGGCAAUCCGCGAGGGACGUCCAAUUCCUUGAGCACCGUGCAAUGUGAGAUGAGUAAUAUUGACGUCUCGGAAGAUCUGGAAGAAGCUCUGUGUAAUUUUUGUACUUCUACUAUUCGAGCAUGGGUGACUGAGCUUGUUGUCUGAGCGUUCAAGCCCGAUGGAAACACUAAGGUUUCCGGGAAUUCCUGAGAGAUCUUUACACCAGGAAAAAAGUCUCUGGGCGGGGGUUGAAGAUGUAGGCGUCCUGGACAUCCUAGGCGUCACUGUAGCUGCGUAAGCCCCUGCGGGCAAAAUUAGCUGUCACCUGGUUAUAUGCAGUACCUUCAGCGUGGAAGUACGUUCUGUAUAAGAUACCGGGGUGUACGUGGCGUACAAGG